AAACUAGGAGGGGCCGAUCCAAUCGACCAGGUUUCGGCCCUUGAAAAUAGAGUUGGCGGUGCACGAAGAAUUAUCAAGCUCAUUAAAACUAAGGGGAUUUCUGCCUUUAUUGGAGUGAAUGUUAAUGGUGCUAAUGCUAAAUUUUUGGUCGACUCUGGAGCAGCAGUAACUGUCAUAUCAUCCAAAGUGUAUCAUAGUUUAGCGCAAGACUCACGCCCAAAUCUGAUGAGUCUGACAGAAGACAUCCAACUUCAGGCAGCAGGCGACUCGAUACUUAAUAUUCAUGGAACUGCCGAUAUUGACAUAUCGAUUGAGGACAAAACAUUCAGGUGGAAUGUAUUUGUUGCCGACAUAAGUGACGAGGGCCUUCUCGGAUUUGAUUUCAUACACCACUUCAAUUUUGUUCUCGAACCGAGACGUGGGCUACUCCUGAACGAUCGCCUGUUUCGCUUUCAGAUUGUGGGCGACCACGUAAGCUGUAGUGUGACAGCGAAGAGUAACAUCGUCAGCCCAGCUAACUCAGAGGUUAUCAUUGCUAGGUGUUCGGAUACUUCAAAGUUAGACACAGAAGAGUUACCCUAUGGAUUAAUUGAACCAAUGGGUGACAGGGAGACCUUAGAGCCGAUACAAGAAGCUAGUCGCUUAGUCGAUAUCAGUAGGAAGGAUAUCGAUUCACCAGUGCGCGUAGCCAAUGCACUUGAUAAGGAUCAUGUGCAUGCUGGGAAAAAUAUUGCAAACCUUCAACAAGGAGACGAUGUGCAUGGAAAAUGUAUGGAUGAGGUAUUUCCGCUGCCGGUAAAAGUGGUGAAAAGUAGUUCUGCAUCUGAUACAUUGGUGUUUGAGGGUGCACGGCCAACAGAGAAACUGUCUGUAUCCACCCAAACUCAAACAGCUUCUGCAAAAGAAGGGGCUCCAUAUGUGAAGAAUUUAUCUUGUAUUAAGUGGUUAGCUGCCGUAGUUGUUGUCGUCGUCGUCGCGUUAGCCGCAGGUGUUAGUCGUGUAUUGUCAAGAUACAGAGUUAUGUUUGGUAGUAUGUUAAUGUGUUUAAUUGGAGUCGUCGCGGUGCGCUGGAAUAAUGUUAGUGUUGCCCGUGUUAAGGACGGAGCAGCAAGGUCAUUAAAUUGGAGGUUCCGGCCGAUUCUAAGGAGGCUUAUGAGAGCAAGUAGUGUUUCAAAGCAGCAGAAGAAGACAAAGGUGGAUAAGCAUAUAAUUAGUGUAAACCAGGGUGUCAUAGUUGGAAAUCUUGCACAUGAGGAAUUGCUCAAAAUUCAGCGAGAUGAUCCUGGUGUGUCGAUUGUGCUUGACUGGCUCACCAAGUCCCGACAGACCUAUCCCCGGAAAGACGCGACAGCCAACUCGGCUUGUCAUGAACUUCAAGUUCGUAACACUAACCGCGAGCAUUGA